AUGGUAUUUAGUAUAAGUUAUAAAUAAGAAAUUGAAGAACUACUCUUGAGCUAAGAACAUAUUAUAUGGAUGUAAUAGAAGGAAAUUGAUGACUUAAAAAAAAGGCUAAAAUAGUUGGAAAGUCUGGAUAUUUAGAAUGAAUAGAUAUUACAUUUUUAAAACAUUAAUGUUUAGUUGAAAACAUAGAUUGAAUUCUUGAAAAGUCAAUUGUAAGAGAAAGAUGCAUUAAUUGCUUAAUUCACUCUUAAACCUUUGUCAAGUCCAUCAACUGAGAUGCUUGCUGCUUAAUAGCAACUCAUUCAAUAAAAUCUGGUUCUAUAAAAUAUUAUUGGGGAUCUCUAAAACUAAAUUCUUAAUAAGGAUGGAGUAAUAAGUCAAUUGAAAACUUAAGAAAGUUCAUUAGAUAAUUUAAUAGGGCAGUUGUCAGCUAAUAUUCAAAUCAAAAGAAAUUAAGUUGGAUCAGCCCAAAAACAAAAGGAUAUCUAAAAUGCAUUAAACGAAUUAUAAUCUUAUCCAGAAGCUUUGUAAGAAGUAGUUUAGAGAAUUAUAUAAGAAUAUAAAAGAAUAUCGUUUCUGAUGGACGAAAAAGAUAUAGAAAUUAAUAAUCUGAGGGCUAGAUUGUAAAUGCAACAAUAAAAGGCAAAUGACUCAAUAUAAGAGAUAAUUAAACGAAAUCCAUCAUCUUUUGAAGAGAGCAGAGCAAAUGAAUUAAUCUAAUAGAAUGCAACUAUGGAAGAUGCAAUUAGUGAUCUAGAAAGAAGAUUAAUUUCAUAAGAAAGUCGAAAGAAAGAACUUCAAUAAAAAUUAAUUGAUGUAGGAACAGAAAUAUUAUAAUUGGAAGAAUAGAAAGAAAAAGCAAAUUAAUUUAAUAUUUUCGAUGAAUUUAAUAAGAAACAAUCUUCAUAAUAAUAACCAAAUUUAGCUGAAAUAACAUUUUAAUAAUAAACAAAAGAUUAAACAUUCCAACUCUAAUGUGCUCCAUCUGAGUAGUAAAUAGAUGAAUUGGUAAAUUAGAAUUAACAACUAGAUGAUUUAAUUGUAGAGUUAUAAAGAAAGUUAGUUGAAAAAUAGGAUCAUCAAGAGGAAAUUUAAUUGGAAAUCGAUAAAAUAGAUGUAAUCUCAUUGAUGUAAGAGUUGCAGAAGUUAAACUAAUAAUGUGAUUCUUUGAAAAAAGACAUUGAGGAAAAAGGCAAUUUGCUAAAGGAUUUGGAAAAAUAAAAUAUAGAACUAUCCACAAUUUCAGGUGAACUAAAAUAAUCAAUUAAAUUAAAAUAAGAUUGCAUAGAUUAACUCUAAAAAGAAGAGUAAGAAAAACUCGAUCUGUAAGAUUCUCUAUUAAAAAAUAAAGAAUAUUAUGGAGAAAUUUAAUAGAAAUAAUAAUAAAUUGAAGAACUAAAAUUGUAAAAGGAGAACUUGCAAAAUUAAUUGAAAAAUGCUUUGAAUUCUAUGGAUGAUUAAACUACUAAGGUUCAAAAGUAGAAUUAGUUGUAGAAUGAGAAAAAUCAAAAAGCAGAAUUAGCAGAUGAUAUAGUGAAAUAAAUUUUGGAAUUAGAUGAAUUGAUAUAAAAUUUAGAAGUGAAGCUUGAAGAAAAAAAAGAAAGCGAAUCAUAAUUGUAAAAAGAAUUAAAAGAUAUUAAUGUGAAAUUAUAAGCAAUCCAAGAAUCAAAUUUAAAAGCCUAAACACAAAGAAACUAAUUAGAAUAGGAUUUCAAUCAAUAAAAAUUAAGUGGAGAAAAGUUAAUGGAUAAUAUACAUGAAUUGUUGGUUGAGAUAAAGAAUAAUUAGACAGAAUUAGAUAAAUUAAAAUAGCAAGAAACAGAACAGCAAAAUAUAAUUAAAGAAUUAAAGCUAAAUAUUUAAAAAUAAUCUGAGGAAGAAAAUCAAUUAAGACAAUGUUUGUAGAAUUUUAAUACUCAAAACAAUUCAAUUUAAAUAUUGGAACAAAAUAUAGAGGAGAAUAAGAAAAUUCUAUUCAAUUUAAAAGUUGAAAAUAAUUUAUUAUAACAGUCAGUAGACGAAGUUUAAUAAGUACAUUAGAAAUUAUUGAGUAAGAAAGAAAGCAUGGAAAAUGAGAUUUCAUAGUAAACAGUAAUUUUGAACAAUCUAGAAUAACAUUUAGAAACCUUACUAUCAGAAAUUAAAAGUCAAGAAGGUUUAAAAUAAGAAAAAGAAUAACAAUUAAAACAAUUAAAAGCAUAGAUUGAAUCCAUUAUUAUAGUAGAUUAGGUAGUUUUAUUGUAGGAGAAAUUGGAAAGUUAGAGAGAAUAAAAUGCAUUAAUUGAGGAAAUUGAAAGACUGAAAUAAAGAUUUGAAAAUAUUAAAUAGCAAUAAUAAAACAUUGAGUUGUUGAUAGAUAAUUAGAUGAAUUUAAAUUAAGAGCUUUCUGAUGAUUUGCUCAAAUUUAAAUCAACUGGUAAUCAAUUAGAAAGUGAGUUACAUUCUCUAACAGCAUAAUAAGAAGAAAUGAAAUUUUAGAUUAAAGAGAAGAGUUCAUAGUUGGAGAAUCUAAACGAACAAUUUACAAAAAUAGAUGAAGAAGGACAAAUGAUGGAGGCUGUAUUAACAUUAAAAUAAAAGGAAUUAAAGUAGAUUCAAUAGAAAAAAGAGAACUUUACAAAAGAAUUAGAUUAAAUCACUUAAGAAAUCUUUGACUUAAAGAAAGAGAUAGCCCUCAGAAGGAAGUAUCAAUAAUAAUAGAAUAGAGUUGACUUAAAUUAAAAUGAGGAUGAUUUAGAGGAUGAAAUAUAAGGUAAACUAAAUGUGUUAAAUACAAAAAAUAAUGAUUUAAAGGAUGAUCUCUAAAAAUUAGUAGAACUCAGUCCUGUUCCUUAAGAAUAAAAGCAAAAUGAUGACUCUGCAUAAAUCAGCUAAUUUAAUGAAUAAUAAGCUCAGAAAGUAUUAAAAGAUAGAGAUAAACGAAUUGAAAUCUUGGAGUUAACUAUUCGAACAUUACAAUAAUAAAAUACUGAAAAGUAUAGUAUGUUCCCUUCUGGAGUUUCCAAAAUUUCUUAACAAUAGACCUUUUUUCUUGAGGAUGAUCCAACUUUAGUAGAAUUAUAAGAAAAAUUCACAAGAGAAAGCUAAUUAUUACAAGAUUUAUAAAACAAAUUAAAAAAAACAGCAGAAAGACAUUAUGAUCUAUCACUUAAAUUGUAAGAAUGGGCAGAAAAAGAAAAUAGACUGGCUAAUGAAUUGGAUGCAAGAACUUAAAGUGUUGAAAAGAUGGAAUAAGAAUUGUAAAAUGUAUUUAAUAAACAAACUGAUUUAGAAUCAAAAUAAAUAACUAUUAUAGAAAGAAUACUUAUAUUGGAGUCUACUAAUUAAUAACUUUUGGAAUAAGAAGCAAUGACAAAAAAUAAAUUAAAGGAAAAAAAAGAUUAUAUAUAGGUUUUAUGUAAGAAUUUAGUUGAGAUGGAUGAAAAAUUGUUGUAACUUAGAAAUAGAAUGGCUUUAUAUUCAUAAGAGGGUCGAUAAUUGGCAGAAUUAGUAGGGAACUAAGAAAACGAAAGGGAAAAUUAAAUGAGUCAUUUACAAGCGAUUAAGGAAGAAUUAGAAUAAAUAGAAUUAGAGAAGAAAGAAAAAAUAUCAUUAAUUUAAUAGAUAAAAAAAGAAAUAUCAGAUAAUUCUCAAGACAAGGAAAGACUUGAGUUAGAAUUUAUUACUAUUUAUAGUAAGAAUUCUUAACUUAAAGCUUAAAUAGGAUUCGAAGAAGUUUAGUAUUAAAAAUUGUUAUAAGAAUUUGAAAUUCUGAAGAAGAAAGAUUAGAUUAAAUAUUAAAAUCUUUACAGAGACGGAAGCACUUAAAUUGAAUAUGAGUAAGAUUAGUUUGAAAGUUUAAUUAAUGAAAUGUAAUUCUCCAAAAUAACAAAAGAUGAAGUUUUAUUUUUAAAGAAAAAUUGUUAACAAAAUCUUUAAAUGUUAACUCAAAGUGAUGGAAACCAAUAAUAUUUUAAUAAUAAUCAUAUAUUAAAAAAGAUUUUGCAUUUAUAAUAAUUGCUAAUAAAGUGUUAAGAAAAUGAGAAUUAGAUUUUGAUUGAACAAAAUUCUAGGAGGUCUUCCAUAUUAGGUUUCAGAGAUGAAGAAUAAGCAUAAAAUUAAACAUUUGUUUUAGAAUAAAUUGAUUAAUUCUAAUGUAAGACUACAAUUGUGGAAAUUCACAUUAAUGAAUAAUGUUUGAUUAUUGAGAGUAAUAAUAACAAGGAAUAGUAAAAGUUUUUAAUAAUUAUAUAGAAAACAUUUAUAAUAAAAGAUGGCUAGAUAAUGGAUUUUAGAUAAACAAUUUGA